GCGGCGCGGGGCCUGACGUCAUUUGGGCGCGGGUUUGAAAAUACAAAGCGGGGCCGAGGCGGCGCAGCCGGGAGCGCGGCCCCGCGGGGAGAUGGCCGGGGAGGGGGAGUCCCCCGGGCUGUUCGCAGAGACAGAGGCCGUAGCCGCGGGCUGGAUGCUGGAGUUCACCUGCUACGCGCUGUGUCGGCACUUCCGGGAGGGGCGCACGCGGGACUUCGAGCGGAGCCGGGACACGGCGCAGGCUAUUAUUAAUGGACUGUCCAAAAUAGCUACUCAUCAGAUGAAAACAGUGUACCUGUGUCAGUUUUUGACACGAAUUUCAGAAGGAAAAACACUUGGUCGUCGCUUUGAAAGCGAUCAGAGAAUUUCACCUUUGGAAUCAGCUCUGUCAUUUUGGAAAUUGCUUGAAGAGCAAAGCAAACCAGAUAACCUUCAUGAAGACAUUCAUCGCUUAAUUUUGAUUCAGGCUGUAGCCGUCCACAUAGAGAGAGGAUACUUUAAGGAAGCUACAGAAGUCCUUGAAAGACUAUUUUCAGAAUCGGAAUCCAAUAAGGCUUUAAGAAUGAAGCUGGCCUUAAUAAUUAAUGGGAAUAAUCCAGAUCUGCCUUUUCUUCAGAGCUUCAGUUAUAAUCUCUUGAUCGAUAAAAUCAAGUCUUACAUUGAUGUUUUCUUGACAGAAAACUCAACAAACUUUCUAAUCAAGGCAGCCACAAAAGAGGUGGAGACUAAAAGAUUGGAAGCAACAAUGUCACACGAUAAACCUGAAAAUACUAUUGAAACAAAUAAUGAAAGUAAUUUGGAAACAGAACAAAGUAAUCUAGAAGAUCGGAGAAGUAUUGCAAAUGAAUCAUCCGAGAAUGCAAGAGAACAUCUAAAAAGGUCACGCAAACGCCUUUAUUCCUUAGCACAGCAUACCCUCUGGAAGCUAGAAAACGUGCCUUCUAAUGAGAUAACAAAACACAAUAAAACCAGUUGUCUUCAAAGUCUCAGUGAUUUGCAGAACAUUGAAAAUGAUGGAAAAUCCCUGUCUCACAGCCAAACUGGCCGAAAGAAGCGGCGAUGGACUUGGGAAGAAGACAGUAGACUGAAGGAUGGGGUAAAGAAGUUUGGAGUGGGAAAUUGGAAUAAAAUUCUGAUUCAUUAUGACUUCAACAACCGAACCAGUGUCAUGUUAAAAGACAGAUGGAGGACUAUGAUCAAGAAAGACAUUGCUUAGUUGGACAGUGAGAACGAACUUCAACUCCUGCACCACUUUUCCCAUGAGGAUAAUGUUUGGACACCUAGCUAGCUUUUCCCAAUAAUUUUGGUUAUAAAGUGUUGUGGGCAGUUUAAGUUGAUAUAAAAUAACUUCCUGUGUGUAAAUUCACUAAUACAGUAAUUAAGACUGUUUCUCUCUCUCUCUCUCUCU